AAUUACACCCUAACCAGUAACCACAAAGCACCGAAACAUAAGAAAAAUCAAAUAAAAUAGUACGUAUCAGUAGCGAAUUAAGCUAGCUUCUCCUCGGCCCGAACAUAAAGCUAUCAAACAUGAAGAAAAUAAUUAUCCAGGUGCAAAUGAACAGUGACAAAUGCAGAAGCAAGGCCAUGAAAAUUGCUGCAGUCUUUCAAGGUGUGGAUUCAGUGUCAUUAGAAGGCGAAAGCAGAGAUAAAGUGGUGGUGACUGGAGAUGGAAUCGAUUCUGUUUGCUUGACUAAUAAGUUGAGAAAGAAGUUCUGCAAUGCCACCCUUUUAAGUGUCGGAGAUGCGAAAACGACUUCUAGUGGAAGUGACACCACUAAAAUUGAAAAUAUGAAGUUCUGCUAUGCUCCUCCACCUUGUCCCUCCUAUCCAGUAGUUUAUGAUUCAUACCCCAAUACUUGCUCGAUCCUCUAAGUUGCUUCUCGUUGGGGAUGGCUUUACCUUUCCAUCAAAGGAUCAAACCAUCCAUGAAUUGUAAAUUCUUUAUG